CUUCCGGUUCCGUGCUCACGUGACCCGGGCGCCCACGUGAUCACGCGCGGCCGCGGUGCCAUGGCUGCGAGGAUGGCGGCUUUUGUGCUGCUGCUAGGGCUCGCGGAACGCGGGCCCGCGCGCUCAGGUGCCGCCAAGAUGAAGGUGGUGGAGGAGCCCAACACGUUCGGCCUCAACAACCCGUUCAUGCCCCAGACCAGUCGCCUCCAGCCCAAGAGGGAUCCUUCGCCCGUGUCUGGGCCCGGGCAUCUCUCCAGACUCUCCGGCAAGUGCUUCAGCCUGGUGGAGGCCACGUACAAGUAUGAGUUCUGCCCAUUCCACAACGUGACCCAGCAUGAGCAGACCUUCCGCUGGAACGCCUACAGCGGGAUCCUCGGCAUCUGGCACGAGUGGGAAAUAGCCAACAACACCUUCAGGGGCAUGUGGAUGAGAGACGGCGACUCCUGCCACUCCCAGAGCCGGCAGAGCAAGGUGGAGCUUACCUGCGGCAAGAGCAACCGGUUGGCCCAUGUGUCCGAGCCACACACCUGUGUCUACGCGCUGACCUUUGAGACGCCCCUUGUGUGCCACCCCCACUCCUUGCUAGGUGGGCACCAGGGCUGGCCAGGGGCGUUGGGGUGCAGAGGGGCUCAACUCAGUCUGGUUUCUCUUGGCUCCUCAGUGUACCCCACCCUGCCUGCGGCCCUGCAGCACAGGUGGGAGCAGGUGGAGCAGGAUCUGGCGGACGGGCUGAUCACAUCCCAGGGCUAUGAGAAGUUGCUCAGGUCGAUCUUUGAGGAUGCUGGCUAUUUAAAGGCCCCAGAACAAAGCGAGCAGGCGCAGCAGGACAGGGGUGCCAAGGGCCUGGUGUUUGAGACGCUGGAGAGCUGCCAUGAGGCACAUAAAGCCCUGUCAGCGGAGCUGGAGAGGCUGCAGAGCGUGCUGACCCAGCACGGCAUCCCCUACACGCAGCCUGCAGAAACUUACAUCUCUGAGCACCUGGGCCCCAAGACACCCACAGACCCCACGGCAGAGCACCUGCGCGGCGACCCGGGGCUGCGAGCCAACAACCUGUGAUCAGGCUGCGAGGCGCAAUGUGGGGAGUCCCCACCAGAGGGCGCGCUUUCUCUUCCAGACACAGACAAGAUGAUAAAGAUUUUUAAUUUCCAUUUUAUCCAUACUGAUAAAAAUAACUCCAUGAAUUCUGUAAACCAUUGCAUAAAUGCUAUAGUGUAAAAAAUUUAACAAGUGUUACACUUAAACGGUUCACGACAAGGAAAUGAUUACACCUUAUAAAUACUAUACCUUCUGGGUUAAAACUCCAUUCCGGUAACAUUCUCCUCUAAAUACUCAAAGCAAAUGUAUGGAUUGGGGCUCCCACACUGAGGUCUCCUGCUGACACCGAACACACGUGAGCUGACAAGAGGUGGGCAGCAAGAGCCGGGGCCUCGCCCAGCACCAAGUGACUCCCACUCCCGCUCCCACACCCGGCGCUCCCACCACCCGCAAGCAGGACAGUGACGCCCUGGGACGCCGGGCCUGGCCGAGCUGUGACUGGGAGGCCUGUGCAGGGUGGCCCCGGCGGCCAGGAUGGAGUCUGGGUGGUUCUUUGGUCUUCCCACUGCACCCCGGUUCUCGGCCCGCGCCGCGCCCCGCCCCGCCCCAGCCGUGGGAGCCGGGAGCGCGGCCCUCUGGUCCGCCGAGCUCCCCAGCAAGAACUGACCCGAGUAGCUUAUGAACACACCUAAAGCUUCAUGGUUCUCCUUUACAAUUGCAAAGUGUCCAGGCUGGAUGUUGGUAAUAAAACUACCCUGUUCUCCCUCAAAAGGCCAAAGGCCUGGAGGGGGAAACAGGUGCAUAAAUAUUAAUAAAAAUAAUUUUAAACAGUGAUAACAGUAGCACAAAAUAUACGUAAUUUCUAAGAGCUAAUCAAUCAUUACUAGAAUUAAAAACCAAGUCGAACUACGGCAGCCGAGUCUGUCCCCUUCGGCAGCCGGCCCGCUGCGCGCUCCAUGGACCGGCCUCUAAGUGUCAGCUCUCCUUUCUGUCUCGUGAAGACAGGCUUGAAACCUCUCACUAUAAUAAAUACAUUCUAAUUUG